AUGAAAAAUGAAAUUUCUCUACAUUUUUUAAAUUUAUUUAUUUUAUUUUUAUUUUUAAAUUUUAUUUUUAUUUUUAUUUUAUUCACUAGGAUAUAUGAUGAGAUAUUGGAUAUACUUUUUCAAUUAUCAUUAGAUAAUUUUGAAGAGGUUUUUAAAAAUAGAUUUAAUGAAGAAACAAGCUGUGUAGAUUAUGAAUCUCCAGAUGUUGGUCUGGCAACAAUUACAAUGGUAGUUGAUGAAUCGGAGCAGCAAAUUACGAUUCCAUUAGAUGAAGAUGUCAAAAACAUUUUAUACAGUGAGAAAAAGGGUAAAUCUACUCUUAAAUGA